AAAGUAGUAACAACAAUACCCAAUUACACACCACACAAAAUCAACAUCUGGUCGAACCAGAGAAGGAGAGAGAGAGAGAGACAUAGGCCAGCAAUCGAUGAUGGAAAGCACACCCACGUUCAUCCCCCCUCUCCUCCUCCGCAACAUCCUAACCACACUCUUCCUCUACGCCGACAAACCCCUCCUCACCCUCUCCCAGAAAUACAAACUCCUCCACUUCCUCCGCGCCCUCCUCAUCUCCUCCUUCCUCUUCCUCCUCCGCCUCCUCCCCUCUCUCCUCCCUCCUGAUCAUCAAACCCACCAGUACCACCACCACAACGACAGCGUCCAUUACCCAACAACAAACUCUCCCAAAUCCCACAACAGCUACCCUCCCGCCUCCACCACCGGCGCCAACUCCGGCAUCGCCCGAGCACUCUCCCAGCUGCUGUCCAUCGUCAAUGACAUCCCCGUCAGCUCCCGCAAAUACGAACUCGUUCGCUCCUUGGCGGAGAGAAUAAUCGACGAGAAUCUGCUGGAGGGGUCUGAGGCUCUGAUAGAGGUGAACUGCUCCGUUCUCUCCGCAGCUUUCUCGCGGACGCUCGGUCAGCUGGAAGCUGCGGUGUUGGACCGGGUUCGGAAUAACGAGUAUUCUGAGCCCGGUCCAACUGAGGAGGGGACAGGCGGAGCGGGAGCGGGAGGGGAGAAUUAUAGGAAGGUGAGCCGGGUUUUUAAGGCGGUUCGGUUUUACGGGGACGCCGCGUGGAACCGGCUCGGGAGGAGGAGGAGGGGGAGGGGGGAGGCGGGGCUGUUGAGGACGGGUGGCUCGGCGGAGAAGCUGGCGGCGGAGGUGCUGUGGCUGGCGCAGAAGAUGGCGGCUUGUGGGUGCGUUGAGGAAGCGGUCGUGAAGUGGGCGUCGGCUACGCACUUGGCUUGGCUGGGCUUGUCGGCUGAGCCAAGGCUUCAAGGAUCUCUUGUUAAGGUCUCAGCAUUCUUAUUCAAGCAAGCCAAAAACCUUGGAGUAGAGGAGGGAGACGAAGGCAAGAAGGAGCAACAAAGGCAAACCAAGAUGAGGAUGCUCAUGUCGUGGCUACCGCUGUUGUGUCGCGCGAGCAAUGGAACCGAUGCUCCGGUGCUGAGCAUCAGCGAAAGAGCAGAGCUGGAAAGAGUGUUGGAAGAGACCAUAGAGACGCUGGAACAAGAAGAGGAGCAAGAGAAGGUGUUGUCUCUAUGGCUCCACCACUACACCUAUUGCCCGUCCUCCGACUGGCCGAACCUCCGUGCGUGCUACGCCAGGUGGUGCAGCGCUUCCCGCAAGCUCUUGCUUCUCCAUUGAAGGGCGCUCGUAAUUCUCUCUCUGGUCGGACAUCGGUACAUUCAUGCCUCGAAAAUCGUAUUUUUGGAGAUUGCCAACGAUGGAAACGCAUUGGGACAAGAGACAAAAGGCCUUCGGAGACAGAAGAUCUACGAAGCGAAAAUGACCUCAAAUGUUUUCGCUUUGGUUAAUAAUAUGUUACUCCUAAAUUGUUCCCUGAGUUUAGAUAGGGAAAUGCUGUUUAUACAGUAUGAUAAAGAACAGUUGUAUAUAAUUAUGCAGCAGCGAUAUUUUAUUUGGGUAAUGAUUUUCGCACUACUUUCUUAUUAACGCACUACAAAAUUUGUCCUUUGGUGCUUAAAUUACUCACAACAUAAGCAUUAAAAGAUAAAUUUCGGAGUCCAUUCAUGAGAAAAUAGAGUGCGAAAAAUCGUUUCUCAUUUUAA